CUUCCAGUUGAUAGAAUGUCGGUGUCGCUGGACCAGUCGGCGGAUGCCGAGUUCGUACGCUUCGUGGCGCGCUUCUGUGGUGUGAACUUGGGGUCAGCCGCCUCUGGACGUCUGCGUGUGCGUCUGGGCAAGAACACGGAGCUGUAUGAGCCCUCCACGAUCGCCAAGUACCUCGCGCGCUUGGCUGAUCGCGAGCACGAACUGGUGGGUCAGACGCCCUUGGAGCGUGCACAGGUUGCCAUGUGGCUCAAUUUCGCACGUGGCAUCCAGCGUUGUCCUCCCGCUGCUGCACCCACACACUGGCAAGUGCUGGAGUCUUCGCUGCAGCAGAAAACUUACCUUGCAGCCAGCCGGGUGACACUCGCGGACGCUGCGCUCUUCUACACGCUCCACGCCGCCUUGAAAACCCUCUCACCAGCUCAGCGUGACCAGUUUUCCAACCUCGUGCGCUGGUUCGACCAGGUACAACACACGGUGGGCGUCCGUGGCUUUCGCAACUUUGACGUCAUCGACCUCUCGGCCAAGCGCAUCGCCUUCACGGCCUAGGAAAAGACGACGACAAGAGGACCACGUAGAUGCAUAAUCUGCAGUAAUAGGAGGUGCGGGGCUUGCCCGUUGCUCUU